AUGCCGUCGCAGCAGACGACGGCGGCCGCCACGGGCGGCGGCGGCUUCUUCACCGGCCGCAUCCGGCCGCUGCCGAGGGAGCGGCCGCGCCUGAGACGCUGCACCAGGCUGCUGUGCUCGUGGUUCCUCUCCCUGCUCCUCCUCGCCGGCGUGCUCCUCUUCGUCGCCUACCUGGUGGUCCGGCCGCACCGGCCGCGGUUCCACGUGGCCAGCUUCUCCGCCGCGGGCGUCCAGGCCGGCGGGCCGGUGCUGCUCUCCGGCCGGCUGACCGUCCACAACCCGAACCACGACAUCGCCUUCUUCUUCGACCGGGUCUACAUGGCGGUGCAGUACCGCGACGGCGAGGUCGUGGAGGGAAAGGACCUGACCGGCGGGCCCCUCUACGAGCCGCCGAAGUGCACGUCGGCGAUCGGGUUCGAGGGCGUCGCGGUGCCGGCCGGCGCCGCCACGGACAUGAUGGCGAGGGACGCCGCGGCGGCGCCGGGCGGCCGAGGAGGCCACGUGGCGUUCACGGUGAAGGUCCGGUCGAGGAUACGGGUGAGGCUGGCGUUCUGGGGGUCGCACUGGCACCCCGUCCACGCCACCUGCGACGUGCAGGUCGCCGCCGACGGCCAGCUGCUGCCGGAGUUCCAGCAGAGGCGAUGCGGCCUAGACUUCUUCUAG